AGCGAGAAGGAGAGAGAUGGAAAAUGAUGUACAUUUAAUCGCAACGAGAGGCUAGUAAAAUCAAGAAAGAGAGAGAGGGAAAGAGAAAAAUAUAGCAAUCAAAAUCGGUACGUGAUAGAACCCCGAACGUUGAGAGCGUUCCGGUCAGCCGGCGUUUUUUUGCUCAACCGUAGAAACUCUUUCUUUCUUAAACAAUAGGAAUGAACACACGUUUAGGUUGAUAUUAGACAUCGAAAAGAUAGAGAAACGCAACCACCAAGCGACACCACCAACGUUGUAUUCCAAAUAGGUAUUGUGUUGUUUGUUGCACUGCAUGCACGUACGUACACAUCCAUAUAGAUGGGCAAGGAAAGGUAGGUAGUAACUAGCGACGCCGAGGUGUCGUGUCGUUAUACAGCACCUUCUUCCUCUUCCUCUUUUCGUUGAAGCGAGUCCUCGUGCUCGAAAACGACGUCGCACUCGACAUCGGUUUCGUUCUUUCUUUCUCCCACCCUCUGUCACUCCCUCUGUCACUCUCUCUCUCUCUCUCUCUCUCUCUAGAAUUUACCCUCACAUCGAACACUCUCACCACGACAAUUGUAUUAUUGUUAGCUCCUCGACGACAACAACAACAACAACAACAACGAUGACGACGACGAUGAUGAUGACGACGACGACGACGACGACGACGACGACGACGAAGAGGAGGAUUAGAGGAGGGCCAGGUGAAAUUUGACGGCGUGCAUAAGUUACUACUUAAGAUCGAGAGCAGCAACGACUGACCUGUGCGCUCGCCGUCACUGCCGUCACCGCCGCCACCGCCACCGCCGCCGCUGCCGCCGCCGCCGCCGCCGCCGCCGCCGAUUUAAAAUGUCCUCCGGUAGAUGUCAGUAUUUUGAAGAAGAUGCCUUUUCGUUUCUUACCAAUCGAUAAUGUUCUUACGUAUCAUUCGAUAAGAACGCCUCGACGAGUUAACUCCCUUCAAGACAACAUGUUGUAUCGUCGAAUAUUAAAAACAUGUGUUCUUGUGAUCGAAAAAAACACGGCCAUGAGUAUUACUCGCACGAGGAAUAACGUAACUAUGAAUCGUGCUUUUACUAGCAAUUGUUCUACGAAUUGUCCGACCAUUAGGGAGAUUGUUGAAAAAUGGAGUCACCGGUUUGAGAAUGAGGCUAUACCAGAACCCGUUGAAUCGAUCGAGCACAUCGUCGCUCACGUUGUAGGUUUAAAAAAGCUUCUAGAUGUCACAAAUUUUCGAGAUAAACGACUUACGGAAGAUCAAUUGAAAGAGUUAGAGUCACUUUGCGAAUGCAGAUUGUCCAGGAUGCCGGUUCAGUAUAUAAUCGGUGAAUGGGACUUUCGUGAUAUUACCUUGAAAUUAGUUCCCCCCGUUUUUAUUCCACGUCCGGAAACGGAAAUAAUAGUGGAUAUUAUUUUGAAAAGGCUGAGUUAUUUGCAAGAAGCUCAUCAUGAAAUUCUUGAAAUUGGUUGUGGCUCUGGCGCGAUAUCGCUAGCAUUGGCACACUCCUCCGAUAAGGUUAAAUGUAUAGCAGUCGAUAAUAAUCCGCAUGCUUGCGAUUUAACAAAAGAAAAUUGCAGCAAGCUUGGCUUGCGAGAAAGAGUGACGGUAAUGCAGGCAACAUUGGAAGAAGAUGGAACAUUAACAUUAUCCGGCAAUACAACAAAUUUACGAGAUCAAAGUUUCGCUUUUAUCGUUAGUAAUCCACCGUAUGUGCCAACCAAGGAUAUAUUGAAAUUAGAGCCAGAAAUUAAAAUUUACGAGGAUUUAAGGGCUUUAGAUGGUGGAAUUGAUGGACUGAAGAUUAUCAAGCCUCUUAUACAGUACAGUGCCAAGGCGUUGAAACCAGGAGGUCGUCUCUUUAUCGAAGUAGAUCCAGUACAUCCGGAAUAUAUAAGUUUCUUCGUGAAAAAAUACGAUACUCUAAAGUUGCAUUACGAGCAUACUUAUAAAGACUUUUGCAAUAACGAUCGAUUUGUCGAAAUAUCGAAGAUCUUGUAAAAAUACAUUAUUGUAAUAUUCGUUUAAACGAAGAAGCACUUUAUAGUAUAUUCGUUAUACGCGCUGUGUUUUUUUAUAUCAUUUUAUCUCUCUAUGAUUUCAUUCCUUCAUAUGAUAUCGAAAAUGAUUAGGGUAGUAAUAGUGACAAUAGUAACUUUGAUUAGUUAAUCAAAUUCAAUUAUAUUUUAAUCGUAAAACGUUAAUUAAACAUCACGACAGUGUUUCGAUAGCUGUCGGUCGUCAAUUGAAAAUUACAUACAAUUAUUUAUGUAAUAGAUCGAAUCAUGGUAAUUACAAUGAUACAUGUUUCAAAUUGAUCAAGAUAAAA